ACAAAAUAAAGUUAAUUUGCUAAAAUGUCUGGGGCUGAUGAUGGGUUUCAACAGGUUACACGCAAACAAUGGUUAGCCCGUAAAUGCAUUGGCCGGCGGAAGCAUCAAAAGUCAGAAAGCGACUAUCUAGCUGAUUGCCCCGAAGUAAAUGUGGAUAGUUUCCACCUACGCUUGGAGCGCCUGUCUUCAGAGAUGGCGCAAAGUGAUUAUUUUAUCCAAUCUAUGAAUGCGCUACAGCUGGAAUUGAAUUUGAUGAAGCGACCGCUAGAGCGCAUAAUUUGCCUGGGCUUGGGACCUUUUACACGCACCCACCAAGCACUGCACCAGGUAGCAUUUAUAAUAAGUGCACAGCGCCACCACAACAUAAAAGAGGCACUCUACUUUGAUCCCGUAUUUCGUGACAGCGAGAAGGUGUUACUUCAACGUCUAGGAUGCACUGUGCUUUCUGAGGACUGUGUGGGCAAAUAUGAAGCACCAUUGCCAACACUCUACUAUCUGCCCCACUGCCCCUAUGCGUUAAUGCACAACGUGCUCUGGAGCAAUUGGAGCAUUAAUAAUCUGUCCAAUGUACUGCUUAUAUCCAACAGUUUUGAUUCACUGGUGACCAACAGAAUAAAAAGUAAACAAAGCCCAGAUGAUCUGAUAGCGCGCAUAACGCCAAAAUGCACAGAGAUAACACUGGAGGAUGACUACGAGCAACAGAAUGUGUUUAAUGAUUUAUCAUUGCACAGCUUUCCCCACCAAAAGUUACCUGAGCAAACUGAUACUCUAUUUUGGACACGUGGCAUCUCGCUCAAGCUAAACGAAGAUGAAAUGCCCAAGGAGUUAAAGCUAACUAAUAUAGAACGGGAAAUGGGAGCUGUAAGCAUUAGUUCUUAG